AUGUCUUCUGUCCCACCUGGAGGUCUGAUCCUCAUAACAGGCGCUAAUGGCUACAUAGCUAGCGUCGCUGUGCAAGUCUUUCUCCAGCGUGGCUAUCGCGUCCGCGGUACCGUUCGCUCCAUCACAGCAAAUGUCUGGAUGAAGACAUUCUUCGGAUCCAAUUUCGAGCUCGUCGAGGUUCCUGACAUCUCGAUACCCGGUGCCUUCGACAAGGCACUCCAAGGUGUAGAUGGCGUGGCCCAUAUGGCUAUGAACAUGGACAUGAACCCGCAGAACCAAGGAGUCAUAGACGAUACCAUUAAUUCGAACCUGUCCCUUCUUGAAUCUGCGGUAAAAGUCCCCAGCGUCAAGAGUGUUGUUAUCACCUCAUCACUAGCUGCGUGCGCGCUUCCAACGACCGGCGAACCGUACAAGAUCGAUGCAACGACAUGGAACACCGAGGCAAUUGACCAGACGUCAGAGCCGUGGGAUGGUCAAGGGAACCCGAGAUGGCAUGGCAUUAUCCUGUAUGGAGCUGCCAAAGCCCGUGGCGAACAAGCCGCGUUUGCGUGGGUGCGCGAGCAUAAGCCAUCGUUUUCUUUCAACACGGUUGUCCCCAAUGUGAACUUCGGUAUCGCCAUAUCCCCCGAGAAUAUGAGCUACCGCAGCUCAGCCGCCGUCAUCGACGCUGUGGUGAAAGGAUAUCCCGAUGCGCCGUCUAUUCUACCAUCGCAGUGGUACGUCGAUGUCGAGGAUACAGCACUGCUGCACUUGGCGGCAUUGACACUCGACGAUGUUAACAACGAGCGACUUCUUGCUUUCGGUGGGAGAUAUUCUUGGACUGUGAUUCUCGAGAUACUUCAUCGACGGUUUCCGGGCAAGGUUUUGCUGCAGGAUGUCAAAGAGUCAGCGGUGGAUGCAGGAGAGGUGGAUAAUAAGAGGAGUGCUGAUGUUUUGAAGAAGAUGGGGAAGUUGGAGGGGUUCACCAGUUUGGAACAAACUCUUGUCAAGGCCGUCAAAACGAUACUUGAGCAUAAAGGGAAGAAUGUGCCAAAGACGCAGAUUGAUUUGUACUAUGACUCUUUAGCAAAAGCAUAG